AUGUUCAAAUUGGAAUCAUAUAUAACACCAGUGAUUCUCAGUUAUGUUGAAAAAUAUGUGAAGAAUUUUAAGCCAGAACAAUCUCAGGUAUCACUCUUAUAACAUGAUUAUAUUUUUUUAAAAUAUACUAUUUUAGUUUUGGAAGAACAACUUAAUCUUCCUUUUGUGUUUGUUAGUGGUCAUAUACAUGAGUUGCUUAUUCAUGUUCCAUGGGUAAAAAUUACUUCAGAACCAAUUGUUAUUACAAUUAAUACAAUAGAAUGUAUCUUAAAAUUAAAAGAUGAUAAUAAAGUGGAGACCAAUCCAUCUGCCUUGCAGAGGAGGCAAGAGAUACCACAGGAAGAAGCACCUCCUGGGUACAUAAAAAGCAUUGUAACAAAAGUUGUAAAUAACAUAACAAUUAACUGUAAUAAUUUAAUUCUAAAGUAUGUGGAGGAAGAUAUUGUUCUUAGUGUCAAUGUCAGAUUUUUAAGUAUGCAAACUGUUGAUAACAAAUGGGAACCAGCAUUUACUGAUGUUAAUGCCUAUGAAGUUAUGCUUAGGAAAGUUAUUACUAUUCAAGACCUAACAUUAUGUUUAGAUAAAAUGGAUGCCUCUGGAAAAAUAGAAAUAUAUCAAGAUCCCGUUCUGUAUCGAUGUUCGGUUAUAAUACGCUUAAUCAUAAACUACCACAGUAAUACCGCAAGAAAAGCUUCCAUAACACGAUUGGAUCUGCACUGUCAAAAGAUGGAGUUUAGCAUAACAGAGCAACAAGUACCAAUGUUGCUCAGAUUAGCUGCAUUGAUAAUGGCUUUGCAAACUAAACAAUUCCCAUCCAGUAAAGAAAAAUCUUCAAUUUCUGCAGAAGAAAGGGAAGACAGUAUACAAGAUGAUAUAGAUCAUGCAAGUGGUGCUGCUGUAGACAAUACAGGAUGGGGUGGAUGGGCUUGGAACAUGAUGUCAUCUUUGUUACCCAUUGAUUGGGAUAAUGAUUGGUCUGCAGAACAACAAAUGGCAUAUUCUGGUCAUACUAUCCAUUUAGGCAUAUAUGUACAAGAUGCUACUUUAACUUUUAAGACAGUUGAAAAUGUUAAAGAGCAAUUAUUUUAUAAAUCCCGUAAGCUUCGAUAUAAAUCGUUUCUAACAUUGCGAUUACAUGGUGUAGUAGUCGACACAUUGAUUCAAGGAAUUGCAAUGACUAGUUUUCAAAUUGAAAUGGGUUGUAUACGCAUAUAUCCAAGGGGAACAUGUAGUUGUGGACACCUUGAAGUAGUUGAUGGAGCACAACCGCCUUUGUAUUUAGUAGCUGGCAAAUUGAAUACACAAUACUUGAAAGAUUCAUUAUUCGAUAAUAACUCGGUAGAAAACAAAGGGAAAAAAAGAGAGUAUAAGCAAGGAAUAUAUUAUUAUUUACACACAGUUUCAGAAGAGCGACUGAUAGAACGGUGUCCUGCAUUUGCUAUGGACUAUGUCCAUUGUGUUGAAUUACCAGAUGACAUAACGCCUGAAAAAUUGGUAGAAUUUGGGUCUAAUUUUGAAUAUAGCAAUUUUCACGAACGUAGAGUAAUGAGGUAUAUUAUAGGCGAUUUAACUAUUAGACUAUGUUCAGGUAUUUUUCACCGUAUCGAAACGAUAAAACAAGCUGCCGCAAAUUACGAUUACAAUCCGUAUCUUGUUACGAAACCAGAUCCACUCGUGGAUGAACUACCACCAGUUACAUUAGAAGAAUACGAAGCCUUACGAGAAAAUGUAUCAAUGGUCGAGACGAAAUUAAAAAUAAUGAAAGCAUCUCUUCAAUUACAAUUAGCCGAUCAUUCUAUAACCGGGCUACCAAGACAACGAAAAAUGGUUGAAACACCUGCUCUUACAGACGAUCCUUUCAUGAGCAUUGAAUGCGAUGAAGCAAUAGUGACAAUGCUUCAACCUUUAUAUCCAUUUAGGCUUGCAGCUUGUGCAUCCAAGCAAACAGAUCUUCUGGCAGAAAUGUUCAAUCAGUGUCAUAAGAUUAUCACAUUACAGGUGAAUGGAGCAAGAAGUCAACUUUAUUUAACAAAAAAUUGCGAUACAUCGAUAAUAAUGCCUUACUCGAUUGAAUGUAAUAUCAAAAAAUUACUGUAUCCUCAGUACUGGCUAGAUGUUGAUUUAAUAUAUGAAACGUACGCGGUACAUAUGGACAGUAUUACAAUCACUGGAACAAAAGCAAAAUUAAUGGUUGCCAUGUCCAUUCUGACUUCAAUUUUCUAUCCUAAUGACACAACUAAUCCUCUGGUGUGUUCCUCUUUAUUUAAUGACGCCUGUGAAGAGACAAAUCCUAUAUAUCUAGAAUUAUUACUAGAAAACGUAAAUUGUAAAAAGUUGUCGUCUUUAGUUACAAUAUCAAAUGAAUUAAAUAUAAGUUCGAUAAAAAUGUUCGCUCUUAACGAGACACAGCAGGCCUUUAUAUUUUCAGGACCAGAAAGUAACAUUCAUAGUGAUGCAGAAACUAAAUCGUUACUCACAGCUGUAGUACAAUUUCCGCAAGAUGUUGAAAGGCAAACGCAUCCACCUUUGAUUUCACUUCAAAUGGCAGAUAUCAGAGCAUCGCUUGAUCCACUGUUGUUUAAGUGGCUUGAGUAUCGCGUCACAUAUUAUAAUUUAAACACUUUGUGCACAACGCGACCCGAAGUGCAACAACAUGUAGAAGGCACAUCUUCUGAUACUGGUACAAAGAAAAAAACAUUUCCCAGUUUGCACGAAAGCGUGCACAGUUCUUCGGAUAAAGAGAAACGAAAAUCAAUCGUAGCGACUGAAAAAUCACAGACUCUACAAAAUGACGAAAUUAAAAAAAAACACGAUUCUAAAUCUGAAAAUGAGAGACAGAACUUACAGAAUUUGGGAAUAUUGGUCAGAUUAGCAGAACUGUAUCCAUGGUGGUGUGGUCUUGUUUUAAGUGGAUGUGUUGGACAUAUUGUUAUUUACAUACCAUCAACUACAAUGAAUGGUGUUGGUUCAUAUGGUAUAGAGGAAGCCAAGGACAGAGCGUUAAAAAACGAUAAUAAUUUACAAAUGUUAAUAAUCAAAUUGCCUACUCUUCUUGUUCACUCGUCCAAUAUCAGUUCUGAAUUACUCACGCCUUAUCUUCAGGAAUUACCAAUAAAACUACCGAAAUCGAUGUGGACAAAUAAAUUACAAAGUUAUCCAUGGAUGUUGAGUCUCGUUGAUUUUCAUUGUUACAUGUUACAACAACAAACGCAAAAGAACUUCAUUAAAAAAGUAUCGUUAAAUGCUACGGUUGCUCUUACAACUAAAGUCGUAACAUCUCCAUCAGGCGGAAGUACACUGACUUCGUUGGGUGUUUGCGUUCAUAUUGACAAUUCUCCUAUUAUCGUUUCGAUCUGUGAAGAACAGGUAGUUUUCAUGAGCAAAAUAAUAUCGAGUAUUCUGAGCGCGUUGCGAGAUACAGGCAGUAAUAAUAAAAGUGUUGUAGUUAGUACUCAAAUAAGUACCGAAACACAAGUUGUUCUCCCUAUCAUACCACAAACACCAUCCACACCGACGCAAUUACUAUACCCCGAAGAUACAACUACAAACUCGACAAUUUCAACCUCGAAAGAUGACUCUAUACAAGAUACAGACGAACUAGUUUUAACAGCAUGGAUUCAGUGGACCAUAACGAAGAUCGCGGUGAAAUUAUACGUCACGGAGAAGGAAAAUUUGUCCUCGUUAAAAUUAGUCGUUGACUUAGAAGAUAUCAUUACUUCUUUAGACUUACAACCUGUCUAUUUUAAAUUAAAAAAUAAAGUUACGACAGUCACUGUAUUUCAUUAUACGAGAGCACCGAAUUCAACAACUUGGGACAUCGGUGAGUACGUAGGAACGGUUCUUUGUGGAAGGGAGGAUAAUUUAGAAAAAGGUGAUGAUUCUGGCUUCUUCAGCUUCACCUUAACUAGAGCAAAAUCAGGAAACGUUCAUACACGAUGGGGUACAUAUAAACGGCACAAAAGUCAAAAGAAGGAUAUAAUGGCAGAAAUAAACUUGUCUGCUAACAGUUACAUUUCUGAAGUGGUUGUAAAAAUGCAAAUGGUGGACAUCAUUUUGCCUCUUACCAUACUAAGCAAAUAUAUGCAAUUAGUAAAGCCUUUCACGUGUUUCUAUCAGUCCGUUGAAACAAGUACUGCUGAAAGUUCUGAACCAAAUGUGACGCCAGGCUUAAACAGGAUCACUAGUCUUGAUAAUGAAACAUUAGCAUUACUAUAUCUAGACUUUAAAGGACUUAGAUUGAUGCUACCAGCCUCGAACAUCGUAAAAGUCAAACCGCAACACGAUCUACUGAUGCUUCAAUUAGACGGAAUCCGCAUUACACCACACGCUGAGAAUCCGAUUUGCAGAACACCUUUAAGAUUAGACAUAUAUCAACUUGCAGCUCAAGCAAAUAUUUUAAAUAUACCAGGCUCUGCUGUGGAAGAUCGACAAUAUCAAAUUAAUAUAAAAAGCAUAUGCGCCCACACGACUACUUGGAAGAAUUAUCAAAUGAGUAUUAAUAAAAAAGUGUCUCAAUCAUAUCUAUACACCAUGAACGAAAAUCCUGCGUUAGAGUGGAAUAAACUUGGACACGGAAGUAGUUUAGAACGACAGUUCUCCACACUUCCGUUAUUAUCGAAGUUUGAUUUAUGCCUAAUUAUUGCUCCACCAGUUUUAUUCAAACCAGAUGUAACGGUAUGUGGAAGUGCAGUCGAAGUGAAUUGUAUCACAGAUAUUGAAUUAACAAUUAACUUAGACCAGAUUCAUUUGUUUUCAAUCCUGUAUAACGAUUUGCAAAAUUUAUUGCUGGGCAAUUUUAAUCAAGAGGAAUAUACGACCACUUAUAGCAAUGCAACACAGAAGCCUUCGACCUUACAGCAUCAAACUAACAUGAAACAAAUCACUUGGACGAAGCAAUCUUCCAAUGAUAUAGAUGUUGAUUUCACUAAAGACAGUGGCGUAGACUUUGAGACAUCCAGCGUAAAUUCUACGGUUGUUGGUAAACCAACAUCGUUAGACACCUCGAUACUCUUACCCUUUGAAUUCCUAGUGAACUGUGGGAAAAUAACAUUCGUUCUUUACGACAUUCAUCAAGCAACAACAGAGUACGAAGUCGAUAUAAAUGAAGUUGAAGAAGAUGAGGGUGAAAGCCAAAAGCAACCUUUAUUAUACGUAAUAGUAAAUCAACCGAACAUAUAUUUUUCACAACAGCAUCCAUCGCAAAAGAUACAUGUAUCGUGCUUCGAUAUAACGAUGGCACUCGGAGAGAAAGAAAAUCAAGAAUUAAUUGCAAUACCAACACAAAAAGAUUUCAAGGUUUUUAUGAUCGAAACGAAGAAUGGUGAUUUACACCCGGAUACAGGCAUUCCACCAUCGUUUAUAACGUUGAAAUAUGAAAAAACUUUGGGGAAAAAUUCACAGUUCUUUAUCGACAUGGGUAGACCUACAAAAUUUUAUUUCUCUUUAUCAAGAUUGAAUCAGAUUCGUACUAUAAUGCGUGAAAUAUUGUCUUCUAUCGUAAAUCAACAUGAAACAACGGAAUCAGAACAACGUGACGAUGUUAAAACACCCUCAAUAACGAAAUCGAGAAAGAUGAAUUGGCCUGACUUGAAUAUAUGUACAAAACAAGUUGUACUGUCUCUUAAAACCGAUUCUGGUGCUGAAAUAGUAAUCAGUUUGGCUUCAUUAUCCGAAAACGUUUCAUCCCUUCUUAGACCUGAUAGAAUCUACUCUAAUAUGUCUGUAGAUUCUUUUAUCGUAUCUGCAACACUUAAUGGGAAUAUAAAAGUACUCUUGCAUCCAUGGUGCUGUAACAUUACAAUGUGUUUACUUUGGGAGACAUGGCUGAACGUUAACUCUAUCCCUCAGAUACAAAUUCAGGCAGACAGCGAUAGUCUCUAUUUAGAUUUCGGGCCGGAACAGAUAAAAAUUAUAAAAAAUGUCAUGAAAGAUUGUCAAUUGUUGUUAAGUGAACUAACAACAUGUCCCUCAAAGAACAAAAACAAUGAAAACCAAAUUGUACUUUCAACUGAGCAGCAUUACAAAGACGAUCUAAAAGCAGGUGCAUUUCAAUUUGUUAAUGGGAAUGCAGAUGAGUUACCAUUUCCGUAUCAAGUUAUAUUUUUCACUUAUCCUCAACAAUCAAUGGCCUGGAGAUACCCUCAACCCAGAACAUUGACAAAAAUACAUGUAUCUCCAGUUCCAUUCGAAACAUUGGAUUCUGAGAGUGGAUACGUUGACAAAGUAUUUUGCGUUCUUGAAUAUUGGAGCGAUUGUCACAUGUCGUAUCAGCGAUACGCUGACUUUUAUUUGUCAGAAACCGAUUCGUACCGCUUAGAGCUUCCUGAGAAAUCUCCUGCAAGAGCAGUAGCUUGUAUAUGGCGUGUGGUUCUAUUGUCAAAUAAUAAUCGACCCAUUUCUAAAACAAUAAUCUCUGCUCGUGUCCUGGCAGCAUGUUUACGCAUCGAUUCAUACUUCAAUUCCUCAAUUAUACCUAACGUACAAGCUGCACUCAAUAUCGGUGCCAUUCAUGUGUCUAUGUACAAUCAUGUCAGUUCGACAAUGUACAACAAUUUGCACCCACCUCUGAAGAACUAUACUUUCAAGGGUACAAUACCUGAAACUCAAUGUUUCAUGACUUUGGAACAUAAAGGAGCUAUCCUGGUACUUAACAGUUGGAUAGAUGGUUCAAUGCUGAUUGAUAUUAGCGGUACAUUCGGUGUACACAUAUUAGAUUAUGGUCAUUUGACUAUGCAAGAGAUACUAGAUCCUGUAGAAGCGAGAUUCCAACUCUCGCUGUCACAUAAAGCGGAUGUAUCCUUAACGUGUAGUCCAUUAUCGUUAAAACUGAGUCCAACGAUAGCUCACACACUGGCUGUUUCGAUGCAUUUAUGGUAUGCGGCCCUUAAAGAAGAAAGUAAGAGUGCCAUUCUGUUCACGCGUUAUGUAGUAGCUAACGAUAGCAAUAUGCCUAUUCUUUUUGGUCAAAGUGGUACAGGAGAGAAUAUACUACUGGAGAGUAGAGAAUGCACAUUUUAUUCGUGGAGAAAUAUUGGCAAUAAAAUGUUACGAAUUGCGAUACAAGAAAAUAUCUGGUUGUGGAGCAAACCAUUCUCUGUCGGCGUAGAUGGAAUCCAGGCUGUUGAGUUCAGUAACUCUGUAACUAAAGCGGCUGCAUUCGUAAGCGUCAUAUCACUCUCUGCAACUCAAAAGCUUGUAACAGUCUCUGGUCAACUAGUGAUUUCCAAUCAAUUAACCGACAAUUUCGAGAUGAAAUUAGUUAAGUACGAAGCUGAGAUUGAGUCAAAGGUGACUGUACUGAAAGAUGUGUAUCCAGUUUCUGGUAAAAGUCGACCACCUUCCGUCAUACUCGAUGGAAACAAGAAAAUGGCGAUACGUUUGCGUUUCACCACUGUACCACAUCUGUCUUGGACAGGGGACAUUCCUCUUCAGCCUAACGUUAAAUGGGGGCAGCCGUGGCUCGUUAAAGUUCCGUUACAAGAACGUGGACAAUUUUUAAGCAUUUGGGUUAGAAUAGUAACCCAAACGAUUCAGGAUAAGACAAAAAUACUAGCUGUACUCAGUCCACUUUACAUGAUUCGUUCGCAUUUACCGGUACCAGCUAGAGUACAAAUGGACACACCUUCGUUGAAGAUAUCUUUGAGUACAAUGGUGAAUGGUCGAGGUGAACGACAGCAGCUGUAUUGCCCUGGAACAUUUGAACACUUUCAUCAGCUAACGUUUCAAUUAGAAUCUGGUGUUUCUACAUCUAAUCCAUACGUACCACUGUCUUACAGCUCUGUGGACCAAAGAAAAUUCUUCAGAAGACCCGAGAUUGAAGAUAUCGAUGGUAUUUUACAAGAUCUUGAAAGUCAAAAGGAUGAGACAGAAUGGCCUUUCCAAGGGGACGUGGUUGAGGAAUGGACAUCCGCGGAACAGCCUCAAACACAUGUACAAGUAAAAUAUCAGGAUGCUGGAUUAGUCUCAAGUACCCUGCUAUUAGAGCUGCAACCUUGGUGUUUCAUGUUAAAUUCGAUGGGAUGUCAUCUAUCUCUCGUGUCAGAGGACAUUGAACUCUGUCAGAUACCUCACUACGGUAUAGUAACACCGCCAAAGUUGGAAGGUACAUUCCAUUUAUGCGUUGGUAUUGGCGACACAUUCUACACGUCCCACGCUCUUCAAUUAGCUCGACCUGACUGGAGUCAAAGUUUCUACAUGCCAAGAAUCGGUGGACUUAUUCCCGUUGAAGGAAACGUUAAAUCCUGUGUCGAUUGUGGAUCGAGCAUUUCAAUUAUGAGCAUCAAUUCGGGUAUGCACGAAGAUAUGCGGCUGGUGCGGAUCAUAAGUAGCCACGUUAUUAGUAAUUUAACUUCUCAGGAAUUAUGCAUUGCUACAUUAGCAGUACACGAAGAUGCAACUAGACUGGAAUUACCCAAUGAUCUUACUCCAUUCAGCCUUAACAUUCCUCCCUCUGAAGAUCAGAAACAAGGCAUACCAAUUAUACAGUGGUACACAUUGUACAUGGAAGAUGUUGUAGAGCCUCUUGCUCUUUAUAUAUCUCUCAGUUUAGGACACAAAUGGUCCUGUCCAGUUCGAGUAGAUCAGGCUAUGAGUCGUAAAUGCAUUGCCAUUCCAAAUGGCUCUAGCACUAUGCCAGUAGUCAUUACAAUACAGGAGGAUAAAGGGGUAACAUACAUAAUGAUUCAUAAUGAUCAUCAUCCUCAGCUAUUGAUUGAGAAUACAUGUGCUUUCAAGAUUCUACUGGGUCAGGCUAAUGAAACAGCUGAAGGGAUAAUACCAGACACUUCACACUUUAUGUGGAUCUGUGAAAUUGAGAGCAAUGCAACAUAUCACUAUUCCAUUCCUUCUGUCAGCAAUAGACUACCCGAUGUACCAGUUACAAACACGUCAAAUGUAUUAUUAUUUUCUGCUGUGACCAGUCAUAAUGAGCAAGUAACAAGGAGUAAAGAAUUACGAUGGUCACGGGGUAUAAAUUUAUCUACAAUAUCAAGUGUACCAAUGGAUCAGUAUGUAAGGCUACCAUCCUACGGAGAUGUGAAACUGAUCAUGCAGAAUCGUUGUUACACCACGUAUAUUAGUAUCGUUCCAAUAUCGCAAGUGGAGGUGUCUGCACGAGAUAUCAGAAGUCGACUUCUGAGGAAAGAAAACGACACGAACGAUGCAGAAACGAUGCACGAUAAAUUUACUAGUGAUCAGGAUGACGAUCAGGCAGUUAUAAACAUACAUAGUUCUGAAAGCUCGACUUCAGUAGCAACUUUCUUCUCUGCUCGUGAUGAGAGCAUAACUACAGAACUGAAAGCUCCUUCACAAAUGAAUUUGCAACAUUUAAUGAGAGAUAUAGACAGUGUGAAAGUUAACAUGAACGAUGAUGGCAAGAACAGCGAGGAGAAUAAUUGUAAAGAAGGUUCUGCGACUGUUUGUCUUCGUGGAGUGACAAUCAUUAUCAUGCACGACAUGAAUGAGAAUGCUCAGAGAAUCGAGAUAGCUAGCUUGUCUAUGACUGACGUUAUAGUUACUGUCACUGCAAGAAGUAGAACCGUAAAUUUACACGCUUUUGUAGGUGAUCUACAGUUGGAUAAUCAACUGUUUGAUCAAGGGGGUUUUGAUUUUCCAGUGGUAUUGAUCAGCCAAAGUCCACUUCUUACAAAAGGGACAGCAUUUUAUUCUAACAAUUGUUUAUUAAAUAAAAUAGAACAAAUAAGAGAGAACUCGUUGAUAGUGAUUGAUUAUGUUCUAGAAAAUCAGGGACAGUUGAAAGCAUCGAAAGAUCUUCAUUUAAAAAUUGCCCCAAUUAGUGCAUACAUUGAAGAUACAUACAUUACACAAUUAUUGAAUUAUGCUACUUCAAUGGUACCGCCUCGAUUUUUGGUAUCAGAUGAUUCAAAGAAAGCAAGAACAUUACUUUCAACUAUUGGAGUGUACAUUCCUGAUUAUAUAAUGGUUGACACAAAAAUAUUAAGUGCCCCAUUAAGGUUACAAAAUUUAAAGAUAGACCCUGUAUCUAUCUUAUUAAGUGUUCAUACUUCUGUACGUUUAUACGUGGCUUUAGAUCAUUCUCCCUUAUACUUUGGAACUUUUGAAAAGAAGAAUAUUUUAACUACACCUUACAGACUUGGCAAUGCACUUACAAUGCAUUACUUAUCUGGUGCCAUAUUUGGAGCAGGAUGGGUAGUAGGGUCUUUAGAAAUAUUAGGUUCACCAGGAAGCUUGGCACAAGCUCUUGGUUCAGGACUUCGAGAUUUUAUUUCACUUCCAUUCCAAGGUUUAUUGCAAGGACCAUGGGGUUUUAUUGUUGGAAUAACCCAUGGUUCAGCCAGUUUAAUGAGACACGUUACUGCAGGUACCCUAAACUCGGUAACGAAGCUAGCAUCCAGCGUAGCACGAAAUUUAGAUCGUCUAACACUCGAUGAGGAACAUCUUCAACGACAAGAAGAGUCGCGAAGAAUGCGUCCUCAAGGAAUGGCACAAGGACUGUACCAAGGCUUGACUGGACUUGGAAUGAGUCUUCUUGCUGCUGUUGCUGGCCUGGCACAUCAUCCUUUGCAACAAGUAUGGUCAGGAGAAGUGACUACUAAAAGUCUUGUCACUGGUGUUGGACUUGGAUUAGUUGGAGUAGUUACUAAGCCUUUGAGUGGAGCUGCAGAAUUAGUUGCAUUAACUGGACAGGGAUUGCUUCAAGGAGCUGGCUGGAAUUCUUUGCCUUCGCCACGACAACGACCAGUGGUUCAAUAUACGUCCGGAAAUAAUAAGGCAUCUAUUAGAUACGCUUGGUGGCCACUACCCGUACUCGAAAAUAAUCAUGAGAAUAUUCUACACGUUGCUAAUGCAGAUUUUGUGAUCCAACAAGGCAGUAGUCGUGCAGUAACGUUAGUUUUAACAAGACAUGCAUUGUUACUACUUAAUGCAGCCGAAGAUAGCGUAGAACGAAUAUUUUUAUUGAGAGAUCUAACAAGUGCUGAUCAUCACUUGGAAUCAACAAUAUGUUUGUACCGUUCCCCAAAGACCGCACAGACUAACAGGUCUAUCUCUUCAGCACCAUACGAGAUGGAUCAAGAAAUGCGAGCACGAGUAGCGGAAUACGUACGAACUAGUAGCACUGGCUUAGCCAGCGUUUCUACUAACAGCGAUGGACAGUCGGACAGUUAUGAAAAUACCACUCCUAAUUCCGACCGUACACUUACGUUUUACGUAUCCCCGGAUUCGCGCAAUUAUUUAUUAUCGUUAUUUAAUAUCGCUAAAAGACAAAAUCAGGGUAGUGGAUUUAGAGUAUUAUAA